AUGUUGAGGCCCGCAGUCAGUCACCAUCCUUGCAAAUACAACAUCAUACAAUCACUCCAGCUGGACAGCCUUCACAGCAAACUUAGCCAUCUACACAUAUACCACAUCAAGUCCCACAUGAACCCCAUGCGGAGGCUGACAAAAAGACAGGCUUUCUGUCAGGAAUAUUCAAUAGGAAUCCAACAGAGGAAGACUCCACUCAUAAAUCAGCUGAAAUUCUCAAGCACAAUCCAGAGCCAAAGACGCAAUCUGCAUGCUCCCAAGGUUUGCUCUCAAGCAUAUUUAAGUCUGGGCCAAGCAACACUGUAGCAAACACCCUCUGGAGAUAUGGAAGAGUGUAUGUACCUGGAAGAGACAGAAUGGUACCAGCAAUGGCUUGCACUCAAGGAAAGUGGUGGCCAGCUGAUGAUGGGGAGUGUGGGUACUUUGUUUACUCUGAUCAUGAAUACAUCUAUGCCCUGCUAACAGAUGCAGCAUGUACGAUGGUCUAUGCUUGUACUCCUGAGGGAGAGUCCUUGGGAACUGGGCCUGAUAACUUCCCAAGUGCUUGGCUACAUAAUGAAAUGGUCACAGUAUGUGGAUUUAACCUCUUAAGGAUCGGACCCUUUUUUUCAAAUCUAACUGCCUGUAGCUCAGGACCUGAAGCAAGGAUAUGCAUAUUCUUGAUACCAUUUGAAAGGAAACACUUUGAAGUUUGUGGAAAUGUGAAAUUAAUGUUGGAGAAUAUAACAUUUUUUAAAAUUGUUUUUUUAUCGUCUUUGAAAUGCAAGAGAUAGGCCACAAUAUAGUAUUGCAGUUUAGUGCAAUUUAGAUUUUAGCAGUGUGUGUGCAAAGUUUCAGAUUGAUCCAGUGAAGCAUUGCAAUACUGGACUAUUUUGUAUCAAGUCUGCCCAAAUGUGCCAAAUUGGUCAAUUGAUACAUUUUCAAGUACAUAACUAUAGAGAACAUACAAAAAUGAUAUGGUAAUACAAAAUGUAAGUUUACACACUCCCAGGAAUGUCAUACAUGAUGGAUCAUUAGCUUAUACACUAACUUUCACACAUCUAGAUGGCCGGGCGGGGUGGGUGUGGAGCCAGAGACAGCAGGGGUUCAAACUGUAGAACCCAGUUCCUACAUUUGAAUAUAAAAAUUGAUUUUAUCAAACAUUACUAUGCUACAUUUUAUCUCUGGACCCUUAGGAUGACAAAUCAGAGCAAGAUUACUGAAUGUAAGUUGCCGUGAUACGUUUUUUGUUGUUGUGCACUCUCCUCAAACAAUAGCAUGGUAUUUUUUCACUGUAAUAGCUACUGUAAAUUGGACAGUGCAAUUAGAUUAACAUGAAUUUAAGCUUUCUGCCCAUAUAAAACAUGUCUAUGUCCUGGAAAGUUUGCUGUUACUUACAACAGUCAUGCUAAUCACAUUAGCGCACGUUAGCUCAACCGUCCCGUAUACGGCACACCGAUCCCGUGGAGGUUAAAGUCCCUCUCUAUAAUGAGGAUGAACUCUUCUGGCUCCCUGGACAAGAUCAGGGUGAUCCACAACUCCUUAAUGCCCCUCUCGACUUAUCUGCUGCCUGUAGAAAAGGAAAUCAGAUCAUGAAUUUGAACCUGGAGCGUUUCUCUCAGAUGUUUGAGAGCUCCUUUCUUGCACGAAAAGAACAGGCUGUAGAUUUUUCACUGUAUAGACUGAACAAAGUCAUGAUGGAUCCAAGACAACCCAACUAUGCCUAUCAGGAUCCAUAUACGGAGGUCAUAGACAUUUCGUGUUCUAACAGAGAUCAGACAGGCCCUUACUGGAACAAUCAGGAAAUGAAGUCACUUCUCUCUCAUAAGGUUGCUAUCUCACACAACAUUACCCGCACCGCAGAUUCCUCACAACCGCGCUUGAACAACUUUUACCAGCCUUGUCAAAGGAGGUGUUCAUCUUUUGGGUUCAGAGUAAGGCAUGUAGAUGACACGCCAGAGAAGGAAUGCAGACAGAGAGUGACCCCGGGAGAAGAAAUACCUAAUCGGCAAGUCAAGAAGAGCUCUUCAUUCAUUUCCUCAAUGGUUGGAAAAAACCCUGAGUCAGAUUUGAACAAAGGAAGAGCUGGCUUGGCCUCCCGUGCUAAUGGAGAACAACGUAAGACACCUGGGACUAGGGCUACCCUGGUGGAUUUGCAGGCCAAAAGUAUACUUUCAUCGGGUUUCCAGAGUCUAAAGAUUAUCAAGGAAGAUCUCCCUGCUACAACAGCUCUGCCUCAGAGUGCAGUUCAACAAACACAGAGACCAGCUGCAUCCAAUCCCUCUAGAAUUCUGCCCUUGCCCCCGACAUCUGGACAAUCUGGGCAAUCCCCAGCACAAUCACCAACUGUUACUCGAUCAGGACAAUAUGGGCAACCCCCAGCACAAUCACAGACUGUUACUCAGAAACCUAGACUUGCACGAUAA